CUUUCUGUUCUUGGAAGUUUUUCUCUCUCUAGGAGCAAAACCCAAGCGAAGAAAAAUCUCUACACCGGAAAAAUGGCGUCCAUCAAGCAGCAGAACACGAGGCCGGAUCUACAAAGAAGCAAAAUGGAGGUUUCUAAGGCGAAAUUCGGAGUCGGCAGAGUCCGAAUCCAAGCCAGCAGCGGUAGGACCGCCUUCUCUUUUUAUUCGGAAAAUGAAGCUGCUGACAUUGUUAGCAGGAAAUCGAUGCCAUUGAACAAAGCAUCUACUCUGGCUAGUACAAGUUCUCGAAAGGGUGUUCAAAAAAGUACGGAGAUGAGCAAAGGCAAGAAUGGUAGUUGUGCAUUUGUUGGAAGAAGAGCAUUGGCUGAUGUCAGCAAUGUUCAAGGCAAUGUGUCGAGGAAUUUACCACGUACUAGCUUAAAACUAUCUGUAUCGACAAGUCUGCUCGGUAAAACUACGAAUGUCUCGUCAAGGAAAUCGAUUCAGGGUGAUCAUAGUCAAGGUGUUCCUGACUUGUAUAAUUCAAAUAAAGAUUUUAAGGUGCCAUCAAAUUCUCAAAAUACCAAAGCUACAAGAUUCCCCCGUGAAUCUAUUGUUGCAAAUAAAAGGAUGACAUCAAGGAAUUCACUCAUACCAAAAAGGAUGACAACAAGGAAUUCACUCAUACCAACAAGGAAGUCACUUCCCGUGUUAAAGAGGGUGAACCAGGCAGACAUUCCAAAGGAAAAUUUGGGAAGCUCUGAAAAGGCAAAAGGAGAAAUUAAAGUUGCGGUUGGUAGGAAAGCCAUGCCUCGAGUAAACAAUGCUAAGACCCAUCCCUGGAGGAAUCGAGUGAGUGAUGGCUUCAUGAUAACGGGCAAAAGGACUGUGGAUUCUCGUACAGUGUCGAGAAAAUCUACGGGGCCAAUUGUGAAGACUACAAUAAAGGCUUCUUGUGCCAAAUUGAAUACAAAGCCCAACCCCAAAACGGGCAUGAACAAAUCGGUUACUGCCAUUACAACUUUAUCAAAGAAUAAGGAGCCAGAGGCAUCUUCUCAUUGUGAAAAUAUCACACAAGAAUCGAUUUGUGCGCAACUUCCGUUAGAUGGCAACUCCAAACCAAGUACUUCAGAUACUCUUACCAAGAAAAGUUCAAGGCGGCGGAGAUCCUACACAUCUUUGUUGGUGGAAGGAUCCAAGUUACUAGAAGAACAUGACAUGAAGCAAGAAAAGUUACUGAGUAUUGAUGAUGAGGCGAAUCAACUUGAAGUUGUUGAUUAUGUUGAUGAUAUCUAUCAAUAUUAUUGGGUUACAGAGGCACAGAAUCCAGCUUUGGCAAACUGCAUGUCAGUUCAGACAGACAUUUCUCCACAUAUGCGUGCCGUAUUGAUCAACUGGUUAAUUGAAGUCCACUUUAAAUUUGACUUAAUGCAAGAAACACUUUAUCUCAUGGUUACAUUGUUAGACCGAUAUCUCUCUCAAGUCACCAUUCAGAAGAGUGAAAUGCAGUUGGUUGGCCUCACGGCCCUUCUCCUUGCAUCAAAGUACGAAGACUUCUGGCAUCCUAGGGUUCAAGAUUUACUUAGCAUCUCAGCGGAGUCAUACACAAGGGACCAGAUGCUCGAAAUGGAGAAGCUUAUUCUUAGGAAACUGAAGUUUCGAUUAAAUACACCCACUCCAUAUGUCUUCAUGUUAAGGUUUCUCAAGGCUGCUCAGUCAGACACAAAGCUUGAACAUUUGGCAUUCUACCUAAUUGAGUUGUGCCUGGUUGAAUACGAAGCUUUGAUGUUCAAGCCAUCUUUGCUAUGUGCGUCAGCCAUCUUUGUUGCGCGAUGUACUCUACAAAUGACACCUUGGACACCACUGCUAUGUCGGCAUGCACGCUAUGAAGUGUCUCAAUUAAGAGAUUGUGCAGAGAUGAUCUUACGGUUCCAACGAGCUGCUAGGGCAGGACAGUUAAAGGUCACCUACGACAAGUACAUGAGCCCUGAUUUGAGUGGCGUUGCAGCGAUUAAGCCUUUGGAUAGACUUCCUCUUUGAUUGAGUCUACUCUUGAUGAUUGUGAACUUAGGCUUCUGUACAUACUAUAUAUGUCUACAUGAUUUACGGCGAUCGCUUGCACUCGUAGUGUUUGUUCAAAUUGUGCUUGCAUUAGACAACAAUAUUCGGCGGACCUUUUAUUCCCCGUGAAAUAUAUGCUAGAUUGUCGUGCUGCUUCGGCCGAAACUGUUGUGUAA